CGGUGCCGGGUUCUGGUUGGCCGGUUUUCCUCACCGGGUUCUUUCCCCCUCUCUCAUGCCCGUGGUGACCGGCGAGUGAGUGCGGAGCGGAAACUACUCGACGAGCCCCCGCCAUGUCCCCUCGUUCCCUCGGCAGCCUCCUCUUCCUGCUGCUGUGCAUGCUUGAGGCCGCCGUUGCCGGGAGGGAUUUCUACAAGAUCUUGGGAGUGUCUCGCAGCGCAUCUGUUAAAGACAUUAAAAAGGCCUACAGAAAAUUAGCCCUGCAGCUUCACCCAGACAGGAACCCUGAUGAUCCACGUGCACAGGAAAAGUUUCAAGAUCUUGGAGCUGCCUAUGAGGUACUAUCAGAUGAGGAAAAGCGGAAGCAGUAUGAUGCCUAUGGUGAAGAGGGUUUGAAAGAGGGUCACCAGGGUUCCCAUGGAGAUAUUUUUUCUCAUUUCUUUGGGGACUUUGGCUUCAUGUUUGGAGGCAGUCCUCGCCAGCAAGACAGAAACAUUCCAAGAGGAAGUGACAUCAUUGUAGAUCUAGAAGUUACACUGGAAGAAGUGUAUUCAGGAAACUUUGUGGAAGUUACUCGAAACAAACCGGUAGCAAGACAAGCACCUGGCAAAAGAAAAUGCAAUUGCCGGCAAGAGAUGAGAACAACCCAGCUAGGCCCUGGGCGUUUCCAGAUGACCCAAGAAGUGGUUUGUGAUGAGUGUCCCAAUGUCAAGCUUGUGAAUGAAGAGCGGACCCUAGAGGUUGAGAUAGAGCCUGGCGUGAGGGAUGGCAUGGAGUAUCCCUUUAUUGGAGAAGGUGAACCACAUGUUGAUGGGGAGCCAGGUGACUUGCGCUUCCGAAUAAAAGUUCUUAAGCAUCCAGUCUUCGAGCGAAGAGGGGAUGAUUUAUAUACAAAUGUGACUAUCUCACUGGUCGAAGCUUUGGUGGGCUUUGAGAUGGAUAUUGCCCAUUUGGAUGGGCAUAAGGUCCACAUUGCCCGGGAUAAAAUCACAAAGCCUGGAGCAAAGUUGUGGAAGAAAGGAGAAGGUCUUCCCAGUUUUGACAACAACAACAUCAAGGGCUCUCUAAUAAUCACAUUUGAUGUGGAUUUUCCCAAAGAGCAACUGACAAAUGAACAGCGGGAAGGCCUGAAACAACUGCUGAGGCAGGCAUCUGUUCAGAAGGUGUACAAUGGUCUGCAGGGAUAUUAAGACUGGGAGAAAAAUAGACUUUUCAGACGAGAAAUCUGUGCUGUAAACUGCAGUCUUUUCUUCUGGUCAUUGUAGAACAAAACAGGAAUGUUGGAGUGACUGUUAAGACCUCUAUUCGUACACAUAAUGAGGGUGGAUCUGGGGUGGAUCAGAAGAGAGUAAAAGAAACUUCCUGAUUCGGGACAUAAUUGGUGCUGCCUGUUCGGAGCAGUCAGGCUCUGGAAGGGAACGAGGCGAGGCGUUUUCACACAAGUACCAAGUUGAACUUUUGUUUUUAAAAUACAUUUUGAUGUUACUUUUUUGCCCUUCUGAAUGACUUUUUGUGAUUGCCUUGUGUUUCCUCUUUCCCUCUUUCAAGCAAUGUCCCUCCUGGAAUCUGUGCUGGUGGCAGUUUGGGUUUCUGAGGCUCAAACUGAAGCCGUUAGGUGUAAAAUGCUUUCUUGAUGUUUUGAUUUUUUUUUAAUUUAAAAAAUACCUAGCCUUUAUGAAAUGGCUGGACAUUGUCA